GAGAAUGAGUGAACGAGCUACUUGCGCUUUCACACGGACGCUACUGCGUUACAAAAUAUCGGCGCAAAAUCAGUGUUUCGAUGGGGAAGGAGUGUUGGUCUUGAGCGGCUGUUGCAUUUGGACUGUACGAUAUUAACACUCAAGCGCCCUCUGGUGCUUUUGUGUGCGCAGCAGCAUUUCCCCUGGACAACUUGGAGGUCAUUUCUUAAAUUUCCCCAGAUUUUGUAACUUAAUUUGAACUGCUCUUAAAUACAUGUGAAGUCAUGUCGCAAACAUCAAUGGGAUUAAUGGAUUCUCAACAAGAACAACAACAACAAGUGGCUCAGGGUUCAGUUGGGGUAUCCUACAUUCCUACUGAGGAGGAGAGGAGAGUGUUUCAGGAAUGCGCUACAGAAAGCUUCUGGUACCGAUCCCUUCCAUUAACUGCUGUGGCAAUGUCUGUAGCUCAAGCACUUGUAAUGAAAGGAGUCCUUGCCCCGUCACCAAGAUUUGGUUCCCUGCCUAAAGUAGCUAUUUGUGGCCUGUUUGGAUACUUUGGCGGGCAAAUCUCCUACACAAAGAUUUGUGAAGAGAAGUUCAAAAUGCUGGAGAAUUCCCCAUUGGGUGAUGCCAUAAGACAAAGGCGCCGUCCUAUCUCUUCACAGUUUGACACUCAGAACCAGUUACAGUCUGCUGAUCCUAAUCAGGCUUUAUUUGAGCAAGCCUCCCAUUCAGUGACUGAGCCUCACUUCCAAGCGGACUCUUCUAGCUGUCCCAGUGACAACUCCUAUGGCGAUCCGUUCAUCUCUUCCCUCAGUGAGCCUGCGCCCACUGGGGCUGCUGAUGGCAUCAACACACCAGUCUCUUACUUGGAUGAUGACACUCCCAAAAAGAGACCAAUCCUGUAUGAGGACCUACGAAGCAGAAACCGUCAGAACUACGAGGUUACCCUGACCCAAAAGGCAGACAUACUGCUCAAGCCCCCGGCUGAAGCACCUGUUCCGCAGAAAGAUGUGAAAAAGAACCAGUAUGGAGAUGCGUGGGAUGAGUGAAGAGUUCCCUUGUGAAGCCAGUGAUCUGCUGUGGUACCAGGAGAAGAUGUACAGGAGGGCACAUGUAGUAUAAACAAGUAGUUGUCCAUUUAUGCCGUCAUGCCAUAUAAAUUUGAAGAACACAUGAGGUAUUUAAUGUCAAAAGUGUCAAAUAAUUUGUCAAAUGGAACAUGAGUAGCAGCAUUUCAGAAACUUCCAAUACAGUUGAAUGAAUCAAACCAGUUUACCAGUAGCCUUCUGUAUUUUUCCUGUCAGUGUAGGUAUUUAACUGGCUCUUUUUCUAUUGUAAAUGGUCAGCACUACCAAAGUGAGCUGAUAACCCUAAAGAUUCCAAAUGGUAUCUGGAUUUUUUCUUGUGUUAGUUUCUUGUGUUGAUGUGACUGAUCACAGCUGGUUGAUAAAAAGCAGAAAGAUCUGUGCCCUUUCAAAAAUGUGUUAUCCUCCAUGGAUAUCAGUAGGUAUUAGUUAAGCAGGAUGAUCUUGUUUCCAAAAGGAUGGAUAAGGUCCCCUUAUUGUUUUCACAGCGUUGUGAAAUGUAACAAAGGGAGAAGGAUUUUCCAUACAUUCACUGUUUGCUUUUCGGCAAGGUGUGGCACCAUCACAGCCAAAAUCCACCAAUCACUGCAGAUAUGAAAAAUAGCACAAUGUGCCCCAUUUGUUUCUGUUCAGGCUUUGUCAAAUAAUUUAUUAUUGACCAAGAUUUAUUCUGGGGUAUACCAGCUGGGUAUUUCCCUUUUCAAACUGUGUGCUCGGUAAUGUUAACUAGAUGGAUGACUGAUAACUUACAAACAUUUGUCAUAGUAGUUGCAGGACAAGUGAUUAGCACUUGUUGCUUACCUAUUCCCUACUGUGUUGUAUGGCCCAGUAAUAAACUGCAUUGCAGUAUUCAUACUGUUAUUUUUCUCAGUGGUCUAAUGAACAAUGCUUGGGUGUGGGUACUGUGUAUAAAAUGCUGCAAUUACCAGGGUGACUGGACCCUGAUGUGGACUUUAACUUGCUUUAAAGUGUGUUGAUACAGGGUGAAUAUUGGAAAUAAAGACACUUCGUCAACAUU